AUGAAAGGAGUGACGAGAUUUGGGAAGAAAGGGAAGUUUAGUCCAAAGUACAUUGGACCAUAUGAGAUUUUACAAAGAAUAAGUAAUGUUGCUUAUAGAUUAGCAUUGUAUAUGGACCUCAGCAAGGUACACGAUGUGUUUCACGUUUCUCAGUUGAGAAGAUACAUCCCAGACAAGUCGCAUGUCCUACAACCUGAAACCAUAGAACUAGACCAAAUCCUAACCUAUGAAGAAAGACCUGUAAAUAUUCUUGAUAGUAAAGUGCGUAGUACACGCAAGAAAGAUGUCAAGAUUGUAAAGGUUUUGUGUUCGAAUCAAGAAACUGAGGAAGCGACAUGGGAAGCUGAGAAUGAAAUGAGAAAGAAGUACCUAGAGUUGUUUGAGUGUUGUGCUUACGACGUAUUUGUCGUCUCUUACCGUUGUAGUAACGGUUCUGAACUUUUGCAAUAG